AAGAACCUCAAUCCUGUGUGGGAGGAAAAAACGUGCAUUCUUAUUGAUCACACUAGGGAACCAUUGUAUAUAAAGGUCUUCGAUUAUGAUUUUGGAUUUCAGGAUGACUUUAUUGGCUCAGCUUUUAUGGAUCUCACGUCACUAGAAUUAAACAGGCCAACAGAUAUCACCUUGUCUUUGAAGGAUCCUCACUACCCUGACCAUGAUCUGGGAUCUAUAUUAUUAUCAGUUCUACUGGCUCCCAAGGAAGGACAGAGAGAAAUGUUUCAGCCCCAGAGUUUACAUCUGUCAGACAUGCACAGAAAAUCUCAGCUCUGGAGAGGAAUAGUCAGUAUCACUUUGAUAGAGGGAUGUGAACUGAAGCCCAUGGAUGCAAAUGGAUUGAGUGAUCCCUAUGUGAAGUUCCGGCUGGGCCAUCAGAAGUACAAGAGUAAGAUUGUGCCAAAAACUUUAAAUCCUCAGUGGAGGGAGCAGUUUGACUUUCAUCUCUAUGAAGAGCGUGGUGGAAUUAUUGAUAUUACUGUGUGGGACAAAGAUGCUGGCAAAAGGGAUGAUUUUAUUGGCAGGUGUCAGGUUGACCUGUCGGUCCUGAGUAGAGAACAAACUCACAAGCUGGAGCUGCAGCUGGAGGAAGGAGAAGGAUGGUUGGUACUGCUGGUCACCCUGACAGCAUCAGCUGCCGUCAGUAUCUCUGACCUCUCUGUCAACUCCUUGGAGGACCAGAAAGAGCGAGAGGAAAUACUAAAGAGAUAUAGCACAAUGAGGAUGUUUCACAACAUGAAGGAUGUAGGAUUUCUACAGGUGAAGGUCAUCAGAGCAGAAGCAUUGAUGGCAGCUGAUGUCACAGGUAAAAGUGACCCAUUUUGUGUAGUUGAGUUGAACAAUGACAGACUGCUGACACAUACAGUCUACAAGAAUCUCAACCCUGAAUGGAACAAAGUCUUCACAUUCAAUAUUAAAGAUAUCCACUCAGUUCUUGAAGUGACAGUUUAUGACGAAGAUAGAGAUCGGAGUGCUGACUUUCUGGGCAAAGUUGCUAUACCGUUGCUGUCUAUUCAAAAUGGUGAACAGAAAGCCUACGUUUUGAAAAACAAGCAGCUGACAGGGCCAACAAAGGGGGUCAUCUAUCUUGAAAUAGAUGUGAUUUUUAAUGCUGUGAAAGCCAGCAUACGAACAUUAAUGCCCAAAGAACAGAAGUACAUUGAAGAGGAAAACAGACUGUCUAAACAGCUGCUGUUAAGGAAUUUUAUCCGCAUGAAGCAUUGUGUCAUGGUGCUCAUAAAUGCUAUCUAUUAUGUUAACAGUUGCUUUGACUGGGAUUCACCGCAAAGGAGUCUGGCUGCUUUUGUGUACAUGAGCUACCAAUAGGUGGCCAGAUUCACUGAUUGGGUUCUGCUGGUGGGAGGACCAGCUGUAGCAAUAGUCGUG